GUAGCAUUUAAGUUUAUUAAAAGUAGAAACCAAAUUGUUUACUAGAAUUUUCAUUCGAUAUCAGUGAUUUGAUUAUUUAAUCAGUUAAAUAAUAUGGUAUUUGUCAAUCGAUCAGAACAAUAUAGGUUAUAUACAGGUGGUAAUAUAGUAAGCUUGUGUGCGUGCUGCGGUCGUCAAGCAUGGAGUGAUUAUUAUGGAAAUUUUGCUUGCAGAAUCUGCAUACGAUUUCUCAUAAAAUGCAUUAGAGAAAGGAAAACCUGUGAGUGUCAAAGAAGGGCAGAUCUGUGCCAAAUUACAACUGAUUCACAAUCUAAAUGUGACUUCUGUCAUUUGCAACGUCUAUAUAAUGCAGGAAUAAGGCCUAAAAUGUAUGGAAGACACGAAAAUGGAUGGUACAUGAAAGACGUUGCUCCUAAACUGGUUAGAGUACGGGCACAAAAUUAUUGUGAAUGUCCAUAUUGUGAAGCGGAAAACGACAUGAUGAAAGCGUUUAAAUUCGGAUGUAAUCUAUAUUUUAUAUCAUGGUGGAUAACAAAUCUCCCUAAUAUAAGACUAGGAGAUCUACCUUACGUGAACUCGAGGAAUAUGUCCUUCAGAGGAACUAUAUUAGGUGCUGUUUUAAAUUCAGUUCAUGCUCACGAUGUCCUGAAAUGCGGUUAUCGAUACUUCGAUCCUUAUAAAUGCCGUGUUUUAGAGCAUCAAAAUUUUUCAUUUCUUUGUUUAUCUGUAACACGUCGAUUUCUUCGUGAUUCUGAACUCGGAAUUCCAACUUUACAGCAAGAAGCAGCCUACAUUAUAAGGAAUAUUUUACCUUACAGUAGAUGAAAUUGAAUACUGAUGAUUUUCAUGGUGCAAGUAACCAGUUGUUUCGAAACAAUGGAUGUAACUGUAAUAUACCUCGAUUUGAGCAAAGUUUUGCAUAAAUCGUUGCAUGAAGAUUGCAGGCAAAGUUAAAUUAUACGUAAAAAUAUUUCCGUUUUAAAACAUUUUAAAAUCUCUAUAAUUUUUCGUUGGUCAGAAUAAUUAUCGGGUAAUUCAAAAAAUAUUGUGUAAUUUGCUUAAUAAAUACUCAACUGUUCUUAUUCAGAAUGUAUUACUUCUCUGGGAAACUAUCUUCAUAAUUUUUUUUAAAGAAGUAUUUAUUGUAUAAUGCAUCAAAAUUUCAGGAUAUUGUUUCGCCUGUCGUACCUCUAGAUAGUGGCCAUAAAAGACCGCGUGAGAGGCGUCGUCUUGUCAAUUCAUUCGUGGUGUAUUCCUCUUAUCAAACAAAAAAGGCUUUGAAGUAAACAAUAUCUAUUAUUAUACAUACAGGUAUAUUGUUUAGUUUUAUAUUAGGCGAAUUCUGUAUCAACCAAAAUUUGAAAUAUAGAAGGCACCAGAAGUGAAAUUUUUGUUCUUUCGUUUUCCUCCUUAUGAUAAUCUAGAGACUGAAAAUAUUAAUUUAAUUAAGGAACAAACAAAUUUGAGUUGUUCAAAAAUGACACUUAUAAAAUCUAAAUGUUGUGCCGAAAUUUUAACUAGAGAAGGAAUUAUGUCUUUUAUAUAUCAUCCAUUU